AUGUUUUCCAAGCCAGGUGCCAUUUGGCCAGCUCCUCUAAAAGGAGGAGUAAAUCUAGAUUCCAUUGACGCUCGGUAUAUCGAGUGUAGGUGUGCAUUGUUAAAAUUGAACGAAAUAGUCAGAGUUGUGAACCUUUUGAAAAAGUCAGCAGUAAAGGCACCUCCUGGGAAGACUAUUAUCCCUCUUAUGAACUUUGUGCUUGCGUUAUGUCAGGGUCCCACGUUUAAUGUGUCACCGGUAUUGAAGAAAAGGCUACAAUUAUUAUCGCAAUUCAAGUUAAUUAAGUUAACAGAGGUUCCUAUUGUAAAUCUAACGGCCCCUCUAGAGUUAGCUAAUGAACUGCUGCCGGUUGAAACGGAUAUGGCAAUCUUUAAGGAAAAACUAUACGAUUCUGAGUUGCAAUCGAAAAUACUUGACAGCUUGUCACAGAUCACAAAGAACUGCAUUGGUAUAUAUGGUAAGAAGAUCAGAUAUGUGUUAACUCAAAGGGAUAAAUUCAGGCAUGAGGACGUGAGCGAAAGAGCGAUUACUUCCGAAGAGUCGCCCAUUGGCGAGUUUUUACAGCCUACAGAAAUAACUUUAGGUUUAGAAUUUGCGGCGUUGGUUAGUAAUCGGAACUUUGAUAGCACAGAACGCUCACUGCAAAAGUUGACCAUCCAAGUUUUGGGCAAGUUUGCGGCCUACCUAAAAGAAAAAGAAUAUCCUCGCAUAGAUCAGUAUACCUUGGAACUAAAACGAUUCAGUCGUACGAAACCAGGUUACUACUCUGAAGCCAUGGCGAGGCUUCCCUACUGGGGUCAUUCAAUGCAUAGGAUGUUCGCUAUGCUUUUAAGAAUUAAAUACUUGAUGGAUAUCACUCAAGCCAUUUUAAGGCAAGCAUUUUUACCAAACAAGGACUAUUUUAACGAUAAUAUAACGCUAAUGUUUUGCGAGAAUUUGUACCAGUUCAGGUUAAUGACUGAUGCACUAGAGGAUGCCUGUUCUGAUGACACUAUAUUUUCAAAUAAUGUAACUGAGAUGCUUACGAAAUACCAUUACAUUACUGAGCAGAUUAAAGUACAAUUUAGCAGUGUCAUAGAUACCUACAAGAAGCAAGUUCAGAGUACUGUAAAUGAAAUGAAAAUAAUAAUGAAAUUAGUUGAAGAGUUCCACAGCCGGUGGAAAAAUCUUCAUGAUAAAGACAACAGUAAAGAUUACAGUAAGCUAUGUGAUCUAUCGCCUAAAGAAUUAGCCAAGAAGGUUAAUGAAAAGUAUGAGAAAGAUAAGCUGACAUUUGAGUCGGUAAUGGCUGACAGAAUAAGAAAGAAGGCGAUAGUAACGGACCUAAUAUACAAGCCCGAUGAAUAUGAUGAUGAAUCCAGCGACAGUGACAGUGAUUCUGAAGACGAUGACAGUCAUCGAGAAGAAUAUGCAGAAUGUUGUUCUCCACAUUUGCCAUGUGGUCGCUCGAUUAUGGACCUAUUCAACCAAAGUCCUAAGCAUUUAAUCAAAAACGGUUAUUACGCUUUGCAGUCUCCGACUGCACCAGACAUGGUUGCAAAACUAUCAGCUCAAUUAGUGCCUAAAACACCACGCGAAUACGACCCCGAGGAAGCUAUUUCUCCGCGAUGGAUAUUUGAGGAUAAAAACUACUGUAGAUCUAGAACACUGUCACCACCUCUGUCAGCAAAGAUACCAUCAUCACCAGAAUGUGGAAGGAGGCGCUCAAAUUCUGCUCAAGCGUGUAGACCACAAGCAAAAUCAGCUCAAGCAGCUAAAAGGUCUCAUUCCUUGCAGUCAGCGCCCUCGCCUGAUAACAAAAAUCAUCCAAGAAGCCCAAUACGCAUGACUGAUACGAAGUAUGCGUCUAAAUCAGCACAAUUAAAACGCUAUAAGAAUACAUCUCCUCACAUCAUCAGACUAAAGAGACCUAAGACUGCUGCAACUGAAAAACAAUCUUGUUCCUCAUUUGCUAAGUACCACAGAGACCCUAUUUCGGCUCGCGGACAAGUAUCGUUGGAUGAAGCACUAAUAGGUUCCGCUUCAACUGACAGUUCUUUUAAUGACGGAUCAAUAUCGACUAAGUCCCCAGAAGUCCUAAAAUCUGCUAUGUCGGGCCGAAGCUGUAAAAGUGCAAGCAGUUCCAAAAGUCGCUGUACACUUAAGAAAGUCAGAUUUGUUGGUGUUCCACCACCAACCCCCGAAGACGUUAAAUGUAAAGGAUCACCCUCAUUCCAUCACGUAAGUGCUACUACUCAACCUACAAAACUCAAAGCAUCCGCAAUUCUGAAUGAGGGCUACAGAUUUUGCCAUAAUUUACGUGAAAAAGGAGCUACAAAACGUGUCACAGUACGACCAAAAAAGGACACUAAUGCUGUUUCAGCAAGUACAGAAAAUGAUUCGGAAUCAGUGAUAUCAGCAGGUCAUUUUACGGCGAAGCUAAUGAGUAAAUUAAUUGGCUAG